AGCUAGUAUAAAAGAUCUCUCCCACUAGCUCACUAGCUCAUAGAUCACGGCGAGGAAGCAUCACGAUGAACAAACUCUUACUGACGGUUGGAUUGCUGUGGUGUCUGGUCUCGUUGGGGCAGGCACGCAAGGAGUCAACCGUGGAGGAGUGUGAGAAAAACAUUCCCGAUUCGUUGAAGGAUCGAGUCUGCGAACUGCGCCAAUACACACCGGUCGCUAGCGAUGAUAUGGAUAAGCACAUGCAGUGCAUUCUGGAGGUGGUUGGAUUCGUCAACGGAAAUGGAGAAGUUAAUGAAAGUGAGUUGCUUUCGUUACUACAGCGUGUCGAUAGUAGCGUUCCUCACGCGGCCAACAUGAAAAAGUGUGUGAUGGAAGCGUCGAACGUCGGCAGUGGCAAGAAGGCAAACACCUUCUACACGUGCUUCCUGGGUACGAGUUCAUCGACCGGGUUUAAGAAUGCGGUCGACUACAACGAGCUACUGAGGGCCGGUAAGAUGAGGCUGAGUGAUCCGUUUGACGUGAGCGUUGUUGCGAGAUUGAUCAAGGAAAUUGAUGACGGUUUGUGCGGCUAGGCUCGGGAGAAGAUACUUCACAUCGGAUCUGUACGAAACAUUUGAAUAAAGAGACAAAUACAUACAUGCAUCUUCUUGAAAAACUGAA